UGCUAUAUAUUCGUCGACGUCGAUGCUAAGCGUGCACACGGAAGCUAGCUAGCCAGCCGCGACGGAGAAAGGUAAUCCAAGGCUCCUACGCAUGGCGCCGGUGGCAGACGAUGUCCUCGACGGCGGCAACGAGAAAUCAAUCUUCCGGUGCCUCGACGCGGCGCGCUACGUUGUGGCUGCCGCGGUGAGCGUGCUCAUCAUGGCGGUCAUCGUGUACGCCAUCACCGUGGUGCUCCGCCCAGCGGACCUCUAUAUCGGGGUCCUCCAAGGCUCCGUCUCCGUCUCUGUUUCAGGCGGCGACAACCUGCGCAGGCCACCGUUCAACGCCAGCAUCGGCCGCGGCAACCUCACCUUCUCAUUCACCGUCCGGGCCAUCAACCCCAGUGGCCGCGUCAGCAUCUACUACACCGACGUCGAGGCCCGGAUCAAGAGCAACAUGUCGUCGGCGUCAAGCACUUUGCUCCGUCUCCAGUUGCCCGACGUGUCCUUGGGGCCCCAGUCGAGCAUCGACUCCAACAUUCUGAUAAAUACAUUUGCGCUUGUUAAGAAACAGGUGUACUACUUCAAUAUGUUGGCCAAUGGGAGCAGCAUCGACGACGCUAUGAUUGCGGUGGAGGGUACCCGCACCGUCGAGGUUUACUCCGGUCGCAACGUGACCGACCACGUGCGAGUAUUCUACUUCUGCUCGCCCAUCGUCGUUGGCGGCGAUAAGGACGACGACAGUGAGGCUGCAGUCGACGUGCAGUGCACGGAUCAGAAUCAGCCAGCCAGCAGCUAGAUUGCUGGUACCAUGGAUGUGUGCAUGUGUGCAAUGCUGAUUAAGAACUUCCUUUUCUUGAUUCAGUUAAGUGUAUAAAUGUUUAAUAUUGAUGUUGGUGUGAAUAAUCGGUGUAACUAUUUUUUUUCUCUCAUUCAAACCAAUAAGCGGUGAAUCCUCCUGGGCAAUCUCAUCUAGGACAAACUUUUGAUCUUUAUUUGUGCCGUAGCCCGUUGCCCUGUUGUGUGACGAGGAUUUGUGGCCCGCCAGUUUCAAGCCACUGAGUCCUCCGAGCGUGCUUUUAUUUUUGGCUUUCGUUUUCUAUAUUUUUAUAAUUUUUGAACGAGCAGUCCAAAUUAAGUUUUGUUUUGAUAUUUGUUUUUCUCGUGACAAGGGUUUUCAAAUAAAAUUCAUUUUGAAUAUGUUUUCAAAUAAAUUUUUAGUUUCAACUCUUAAAACUUAGUACGAGUUAUACCGAUACAAUCAUGAUGUUUUUUGUCUUCAGUUGCCAUAAAAAAUGUCUUAAAUUUUUAUCUACGAAACUUGGUAAGAGCGAGCGAGAAAAGCACAAGUUUCAGAUGAAUAAUCUUAAAUUUCAAUGACUUAAACAUCAAACUUACCGUGUCAUGUGUGGGAUUUAACUACUACUUCGCAAAUCGUGCGGCAAUCGACAGGGAGGACUUGGCAGGUGCAUACCCUUGUGAAUUUCUGCCCUGCUGAGGCUACCUUACUCUCCGGGCCUGUAGUUUGUGGCUGCUUUAUUUUUGGUUUUCUGAUGCUUGCGGCUCCGAUAAAGAUCGACGAUGUUAAGUGUUGGUUUCGAUGCUACUUUGCGGGCUAGCAUUGAACAAAGUAAUGUUAGAAAGUUCGCUUUUAUUUCUUUACCAUCACAAGUUUGUACAAAGCUUAUUUUUCCUUAUAAUAAAAGAUCAUAUAUAUUUAGGAGAAAUUUGUAUUGCUUUUUGCACCGAUGACAAAUUACUUCGAGGAUCUCAUUCAAUCCAUAGGUAGAUACUGUGGACUCUCAGGGCAAGAAAUUGGGUUCAAGGGUUUUGGAUACACAAGUAGUAUCUCAACUCAGUACGAUUUUUGGCUAGCUAAAGAUUAUUAGCACCACAUGUUAGAGGAUCCAUGACAAUAUAACUUCUAUGUGAAUAUAAGAAAACAUAACCUAUUACAUUGCCUUCCUUGUCCAACAUCAACCAUUUGAUCAAGCAUAUAAUAUUUGAUGGGGCACACAUUCAUAAAAGAUGUACAAGAUAGUAUAUUUAUAUGUGAGCCCUUUCUUUAUUGAUUCUGAUGAGUUGCAUCAAUUACCAAUGCCAUGUUUGUUAACUUUCAACAAAUUUUAGCAAUUAUACUUCUUUUAUGUGAAUUCAUUAGUUCAUGGGGGACUAUCAUUUUUGUUUCAUUCUUUUUAUUGCUAAGAUAGAAACAAGAAAGUAAAACAAUGAAACUCAAACUACUCGUUAUUAUAUAACUCUCACACUAGAUUACAUAAAUAGAUCAGGAAACAAGCACCCAAAUCUUAAUCAUACUAAACUUUAUUCUUCUAAAUUACGAAAUAACUAAAUAUCAAACUAAGAUAGAUAGUGACGUUGAUAUGAUA